UUUUUCUUCUCUCACCUCGAAGCGGGCUUUCUACUCCUCCGACGUAAAGCGUUUUUUUAACCAGUCACGAUCCGGCUCGGAGGAAGGAAGAGGGCGCACCUUGAGCGACUAUGUAGUGGAGUCUGGAUUUGCAAUAUGAAGAAUGGAAGCAGACGAUGUUACUAUCAGGGAGCAGAAUUUCCACAGCCAAGUUCGGGAGUACAUUAUAUGUUUCCUCCUAUUUGCCGUACUCUACAUUGUCUCCUACUUCAUUGUCACCCGAUACAGGAGGAAGACGGAUGACCAUGAGGACGAAGAUGCUGUUGUCAACAGAAUAUCAUUGUACCUGUGCACGUUCACGCUCGCCGUGUCGGGUGGCGCCGUCUUCCUGCUGCCGUUCUCCAUCAUCAGCAACGAGAUCCUGCUGUCCUUCCCCAAGAACUACUACAUCCAGUGGCUCAAUGGCUCCCUCAUCCACGGUUUGUGGAAUCUGGUGUCCCUCUUUUCCAACCUUUGCCUCUUUGUCCUGAUGCCCUUCGCCUAUUUCUUCCUGGAGUCGGAGGGCUUCGCCGGAUCUAAAAAGGGUAUUAAGGCACGCAUUUUGGAGACCUUUGUGAUGCUCUUCUUGCUGGCUCUGCUCAUCCUGGGCAUUGUGUGGGUGGCGUCGGCGCUUAUUGACAACGACGCAGCCAGUAUGGAGUCACUCUACGACCUCUGGGAAUUCUACUUACCCUACCUGUACUCGUGUAUAUCUCUGAUGGGAGGACUGCUCUUACUCAUGUGCACCCCUGUGGGAUUGUCAAGGAUGUUCACGGUCAUGGGCCAGUUACUCGUGAAGCCGACGAUCCUGGAGGACCUGGAUGAGCAGAUUUACUGCAUCCAUUUGCAAGAGGAAGCCCUUCAGAGGAGAUUAAACGGGUCAUCUAUGUGUGCAUACACCCGAGCAGGCUUCACCCACCAGCUGACCAAAGAACUGGACAGCAUCCGCAACAUGAGGAAUAAGCUGGAGAGAAGAAAGCAAGCGUCUGGUUGGGAGAAGAAUUUGCUGUAUCCCAUAGUCAUGCUAAUAUUACUGGCGGGAACGACAAUCUCGGUUCUUCUCGUGGCGCUGAACAUCCUCUACCUUCUCGUGGACGAGACUGCCAUGCCCAAGGGUUCCGCGGACCGAGGAGGCAUCGGGAACACCUCUCUGUCCACCUUUGGCGUGGUCCAGGCCGUGUUGGAGAUCAUCCUCAUGUUUUAUUUGAUGGCUUCCUCCGUGGUUGGCUUCUACAGCCUGCGCCUCUUUGAGGGUCUCACACCCAGGAAGGAUGAUACAACCAUGACAACGAUUAUUGGAUGCUGUGUGUCCAUCCUGGUGCUGAGUUCAGCCCUACCAGUGAUGUCCAGAACAUUAGGCAUCACCAGGUUCGAUCUUCUGGGAGACUUCGGGAGAUUCAACUGGCUGGGGAACUUCUACAUCGUCCUGUCGUACAAUUUGUUGUUUGCGGUGGUGACCACGCUGUGUUUGGUGAGGAAGUUCACCUCGGCAGUGCGGGAGGAACUCCUAAAGGCUUUAGGUCUGGAUAAAUUGCAACUGUCACACAGCCCCACGGACCCCGAAUCUGGAAAGCUCUCGGCCAAUGGGCAUCAGAAAACUCUGUGAAAGGAUCGACAGGGAAAAGAUUUCCACAGCAGCGUCCACCCCGCCGACUGCUGAAAGGUGAAAGGGAUCGGCGGGCAACUUAAUGAAGCCCCCAUCGGUAGAUACCGCAAAUGGAAGCUGAGGGCCAUUUCGCUUCGUGACAUUCCGUCCCCUUGCGACUCGGAUGGGAGUUGGGACCCAGCCAGAAAGAGACUGAGGAGUCGAUUUGACCCCCCCAUUUCAUAUCCUCAAGUCCUCUUUGGACAUGUUUGGAUCAGGUCAAUCCUAAUGAGGUGGUACCAAAAGGAAAAAAAAAAAAAACCAUAACCCAUAACAACAAAAUGUCAGAUGUACCAAACUGAACCCUUGGUGGGAAAGAAGCUUUGGUAACAAAAAAAUCAACACGUUAAUAAUAAUAAGUUAGCAUGUCAACCGUUACUAUUCAGUUUCUUGUGUUACCGUUCUCUAUUAUAAAUAUCAGACUGUUCAGUGGGUUUGUCGUUUGUUUCUUUGAGAAGAUAUGUAAACGAAAGAACGCGAUUCGAACUAUGCCACUGCACUGAUACUUACUACACAUCCGUUUGGGAUUAUCCCUUUCUGGACACAAAAACCAGGCCACAUGAACGCAUCAGUCACAAACUAGGGUUGUUGGAAACCUUCCAUAGGAACAAACCAAGAAUGGGGGGAAAAAAAAAUAGGCUUGAAUUUAAAUCGGCAAUCAAAAAUUAUUUUUGCACACUCAAUGAAAACAACAAUACGCCUCUAUUCGGGUGAAGUGAAAACGGAGCAGUUAAGAUACUGCAAUGUCCUUGCAUGUGGGCAAGGAGAGCUAUAUAUUUAACAAAAUGUCUGGAUUUAUGAUAAUAUCCAUCCUUCCACUUUCUAAUCCGCUUCUCCUCAUGGGGGUCGCGGGCGUGCUGGAGCCUAUCCCGGAACUGGUUGCCAGCCAAUUGUGAAUUUAUCAUAAUACUUUUCCAAUAAAUUCCCAUCAAUUGUCAUGAAAGGUUUCCAAUUCGGAUUAUUCCCCCCAUUUUAAAUUCCUAUGGAAAUUUACCAGAAACCCUUUGUGCUGAAAUAUUCCAACUAUUUGCCACCCGAGUUACAACAAUGAGGGACGAGGAUCUCGUUCAUCUCAAUAGAUCUCUAUAGAUCUUUAUAGACAAACUUCUAGCGACAAAUCUGCAGGUAAUUUCAUGCAUUACCUCAAAACUAUGGCAGAUACCAAAAAAUAUGUAAUGGAAAAUUUGGAAUGGCCAGUCCAUUGUCGUAGAAAGGGCGUGUUGGAUUUUAGCAUCUUGCUGUUAUUGAGCCUGAUGAUGUCAUUCGAUCAAAAAAUUUCAGCGCUCUGUAUUUGAGUUCAAGCCAGUUGAUAUUUUGAUUCCACCCCACCCUCCCCCCAAAUAAGGGCACUGUAGAUUCUUAUUUUUUUGAUUAUUUAAUCUGUAUUCACUUGUACAUAUGUUUUAUAGCUCUUUCUACAUUAUUUGGAAGUAAACAUGGCGAGUGCACACCAAGUAACCUGUACAUAUUUUCCCCAUGCAAACAAUCAAAUGCACAAACAAACGAAAACAACGAAGAGCUUGGAUUCAAGCCGCAACAUCGGCGCAUUCAUGGUCAGCCUCGGUCCGCAGAAGCACCGUAAAUGCCUUAAACGAGGAGCCUGUCGCUGGCUUAACGUGAAAGGUCCUGUUGCGUCUUUUUGUUUUUUUUUUUUUAGUUGCUCUCUAGACAGUUCCACUGUGAUCCUAGCCAGGUUAGUCAGAAGCCAGCGACGUACCUACGACCCCCCCCUGUUUUUUUUUGGGGGGGGGGGGGCUUUGGGGCCGUCAAUGUUGUCAUAGAAACGGUCGCCAGCCGGGAGGCCUGUAAAAGCUGGUGACCGAUUACGGUGUCAUAUACUGCGGAUGUGUUGCCAUGGCGACUCAUGAUGUCAAGAAAGAUUUUUUUUUUUUUUGGAGGGGGGGGGUAUAUAUGCAUUUUGUUUGAUUGAGGCAGGGACUACUUUGUUGAAUAUGCAGCUCUAAUUGGAUGUGAAAAGCAGAGCAGGACCAAAGACCUGGUUUUCGAGUUGUUUAGAGAAGUACUUUUGAUCGUCAAGUAGAGUUGUGCCGUUUGAAAACUGCACGGGGGAAAAAAAAAAACA